GAGCCCCGGGCGUGAUAGGUACUUUGCUGGGUAAGCGGAGACGGGUGCCCCCCAUCCACUCCUCCCGGUCGUGCGGGCCUUUCCCGCGGAGCCCUGGACCUGCAUUCCUUUGAGUUUACCGCGGACUUAGGGCGGGAUCAAAGGGAAAGUGGCCUGCGCCUGUUUAAUCAAGGGCUUGUGGACCGAAACUAAGGCUGGGGGCGGCGGAGGGCACGCGGGUGAGCGGCGCAGGCGGAGGAAGGGCCGGUCCUGGCUGCCGCGCCCUCCCUUCGUGCUUGGUGCCGAGGCCCGGAGCGCCCAGAGCGCCGCGCCGAUCCGAGGUUCUGCCUGAGGGCGGGCUCGGGUCCGCCCUGGCGCAGGGAGACAGGCCAGCCUUUCCACGGGAGGCUGCUUAGCGCUUGUGACCAUAUUUGGUCUGGCGAGGAGGCAUCUUGGCUGUUUGGCUUGCAGUUGUCUGCUAGAGCGCAGACGGUGCCCAGAAAGUGCCUCUGUCGCUAGAGCUGCGGCUUCGCCAGUGGGUGCGUUGUAAACAAACAACCUUGAAACCAUCCAUCAGUCUUUAGUCUCCUUGCGUGACUCGGGUCACUAGAACUUGAGAGGAAACCUGGUCAAAGCUGGGUACUGGAAAGGGAGAGCAAUCGCGCCCCCCUCCCCCGCGACAUCCGCGCGGGUUGUGGGAGGAUUGGAAUGUCCCUGACGCCCUCCAGAGAGCCUGGAGCCGGCAUGGAACCAGAGCAGGUGGCUGGGAGUAGAGAGGGUGCACCAGUGACCCGGAAAAAACCACCCACCCUCCCACCGGCUGGAUCUAGGAGAGGGGUGGAGACCCCCAGCCCCUAGAUCUAGCUUGGCAAGACAGCUGCGGGAAGUGGGAGGCAGCCUUGGCCUUCGGAGCAGCUCAAUUCCUUUUUCCCUUGUCCCCUCUCCGCUGGAGGGAAAGGGAAAGCGGCUGCGAGUAGGCUCCCAGCAUGGAAACCCAAAACAGGCUUGAACUCACAACCCUGAGAUCAAAACCUGAGCUGAAGUCAAGAGUUGGACACUUAACCGAUCAAGCCACCCAGGCACUCCAGCCAACUCUUGAUCAGAAAGGAGCAAGGUCACAUGGUAAGGUGAUCAGGUGGGAUGAGAAAUAUUGGUACAGCCAUCUUUGGAAAAUAUUACCUGCCACAGUAAGUUUCUUUCAAUAAUGUUGAAUAGAUGCUGGCUGAGUGAAUACAAGGUAUCUUUGUUAUCUGAAUAUUAAUUCUCAGGAGCUCCACUGAAACACUGUAAUAUAGGAAAGCAAAAGUCACCAUAAUAAAAAUAUUCACUAAUAUACACUCAGGCAUCUCUCUCCGUUCAACACUGCGAGUAUCUCUGAUUAUUGGAAGUAGUAUUUAUUCACCUAUACAAUGCAAAAUGAAAAGGUAAAUCUUGAAAAAAUAAAGAUUUCAUUAAGUCAAUUAUUUUUAGAGUAUACAGUAGUCCCCCUUACUUACAGAGAAUAUAUUCCAAGACUCCCAGUGGAUGCCUGAAACCACAGAUAUUACUAAAUCCUAUAUAUACUAUAUCUUUCCUCUAUAUACAUACCUAUGAUAAAUUUAAUUUAUAAAUUAGGCACAGUAAGAGAUUACCAACAACACUAUUAAUAAAAUAGAACAAUUAUAACAAUACACUAUAAUAAAAGUUAAGUAAAUAUGGUCUCUCUCUCAAAAUAUAUUAUUGUACUGUACUCACCCUUAUAUGAUGAUGAUAAAAUACCUAGUGAUGAGAUGAAGUGAGGUGAAUGAUGUAGGUAUAGUGAUGUAGCAAUAGACUUCUAUUAACCUUCUGAUAAUACAUCAGAAGAAGGAUCAUUUGCUCCUGGACUGCAGUUGACCAUGGGUAAGUGAAACCCCAGAAAGCAACACAGUGGAUAAGGAGGGACUACUGAAUUUGGAAUCUUGUGUAACUGGUAGACCAGUUAACAACUGGAAAAAAAAAAAAUCAUCGAGCAUAUGUUAGUGGAAUUAUCUGAAAAUCCAAAGAUUAAGAAAGGCACUAGGGAAAGAUUUUGAAACCCUUUGAUUAUUUCUACAUGUUAAAGUGAAGGGUAUUCUGUGUGUUGUUAUCUUUUGUUGGAAAAAUUAUGUGCCCUCAAAAAAAAAAAAAAAGCAAUACUUGACCCAGUUUUUGUACAUUUCAAGGACUAGCCCUUAGUUUCUAUAAUAACCUAAAUUUGGUUACCUUUAAAAUAAAAUUAUUUUUAUAAUUUUUAGUUCUAAUAAUCAGAUAUAGUCCAAGUCGAACUUCUUCCUGUGAAGUUUUGAUCCCUUUUUGAGUGGAUUGACUUCAGUGGCCUUUUUUUCCAUUACUGAGAAACAGCCCUCUUAUAAUCUGCAUAAGCUUUCAUCCUUCUCUGGGAAGUUAAGUAUGAGCAAUAUCAAUUAAAAUUACUUCAGUGAUAGUAUUUUUAGAGCUUUCUUAGAAAGCCUAUUAUAUUAAGUGAAAUGAAACCUGAGAUCUUACAAGAGUAUUAGUUUUGCCUUAGAUAUGAGAGCAAGAUGCAUCUGUAGUUAUCUGCCAGAUACUCUUUCAUCAAACAUUUAUGGAGCACCUGCUUUUUGCAAGGCAGUAUGCUAACGUACUGUGGGAAUUAUAAAGAUGAACUGACUCUGUGAUGAAAACAUUAGCUUAUGUAUUUUUAUUCAAGGUCACUGUGAAGUUUACACCACUGUGUCUACCAUGGCCCCCUUCACCUUCACCACCACCACUACCCCUACCACCAUCAUCACAUCAUCACCUCUACACCAUCAUCACCACCACCAUCAGCCCUACCACCAUCAUCACCACCAUCACCCCUACCACUGUCAUCACCAUCAUCACUUCUACCACCAUCAUCACCAUCAUCACCUCUACCACCAUCACCACCCCUACCACCGUCAUCACCACCAUCACCCCUACCACCAUCAUCACCACCAUCACCCCUACCACCGUCAUCACCACCAUCACCUCUACCACCAUCAUCACCACCACCAUCACCCCUACCACUGUCAUCACCAUCAUCACUUCUACCACCAUCAUCACCAUCAUCACCUCUACCACCAUCAUUACCACCACCAUCACCCCUACCACCAUCAUCACCACCAUCACCUCUACCACUGUCAUCACCAUCAUCACUUCUACCACCAUCAUCACCAUCAUCACCUCUACCACCAUCACCACCAUCACCUCUACCACCACCAUCACCCCUACCACCGUCAUCAACAUCAUCACCUCUACCACCACCAGCAGCAGCCACACAGAUCUAACAGUAUAAAACACAUUUAUUAUGAAAACUGGAAUUAAAUAAAGAACUUUAUUUGGAUAACAGCAUCUCUCAUUCAUUUAAUUCGGUUGUAUUUCUCUUGGCAUAUAUUGCACAUUCCCAAAUGAUACAUACCAAUAUACUGAAGUUUUCAGAGCAUUUUUGCAGCAUUUUGACAUGCUAAGAGGAAAUUUUUAAGUGUGAAGGACCCAUAGAAAUUACUUAUUCCAAUUCCCUCAUUUCUUAGAUCAGGAAAAAGAAGCUCAGAGAGGUGAAGUGACUUAUGAGUCACUGUGAGUAGACAAGGACAGAUCAAAAUAAGAACUCAGUCCUCAUAAUUUACUCACUGUCCUACUGACUCCUGGAGUAGGAGGACAAAGGAAAGACUAUCAGUUCUGCCUGAGGACAAAGUUAUCACACCUCUUAGGCGGACAGAAACUCUCUGAAGAAAAGGAGAAAGUGCAAAUCCUCUCCCAGGAAACAUUUGUUAGCUCAAUUUGUGUGGCUGGUUAUGUAAAUGAAGAGGCCUUGCAAGGGGAUGGGGUCAACAGUUUCCUGGGGGUUCAGCUUGGUAAUGGUGUAUGGCCUGGAAAGAAAAUGAUACUUUGCACUUGCAUAAUACUUUUCAUCCCUCCAACAAUAACAAAUGCAACUUUGUAGUUUCAGCCAAAUACUGCAAAGUACUUCACAAAUGUUUAACUCAGGAAUCCUCAGAACAACCAAGAAAGGAAGACUUCUGAAAGGAAGGAAGAAAACAGCUCUCAUCCUCAUGAUUCAGUGAGGAAUCUAAGAGAGAGACACAGUGAGAGAGGGAACACAAGCAAGGGGAGUGGGAGAAGGAGAAGCAGGCUUCCUGCUGAGCAAGGAACCCGAUGCAGGGCUCGAUCCCAGGACCCUGGGACCAUGACCUGAGCUGAAGGCAGACGCUUAACGACUGAGCCACCCAGGCACCCCCAAAGGUGCGGUUCUUAAUAAGAUGGAUGAGAGGUCUCUUGCAGCAACGCGAGUGGGAGCACCAGGCGCCGGCUCGGAGCGGAGCUCCACGGAUCGCUUUAAGAAAUGGCAGACAAGCCGGACAUGGGGGAAAUCGCCAGCUUCGAUAAGGCCAAGCUGAAGAAGACGGAGACGCAGGAGAAGAACACCCUGCCGACCAAAGAGACCAUUGAGCAGGAGAAGCGGAGUGAAAUUUCCUAAGAACCUAAAGGAUUCCCCACCCCCGUCAUCUUCGAGACACACCAGUCGUGAUGUGGAGGAAGAA